CCGUCUCCGCGAUUGGAAGUUUUCCAAAAGUAGUGCACCGGGGAGUACGUUAAAAGUUUGUGAGCAGAGUUCUGCUUGGUUGUUGUCAACCGAUAAGUUGGAUAGUGCUGUAGUGCUUACAGCAGCAGUGAAAAUAAGCGCAAACGCGGCUGACGCGGACACAAGCGUCAGCAUUGUUGUGUUUUUUUUUCUGAUUUGUGACAGUUGAAGUGCAGUCAGUCCUCCUCAGUGGAAGUGUCCAGCUAGUCGCGAUGAUAAUGCGGCUAUUUUGAUUUCGCUGACUGGAAGUAAUUUGAACCAGAACCAGAACGUUCGACUCGUGGUGGAUGAAUGUGCAAGGAAAGUGGCGUUCAGUGUCUUAUCAGUUGCUGAAAGUUUUGCACCAACACUGUGGGUUUCUAUUCUUGGUUUUGCUGAGCAAUCUGAGGAAUGUCUCUCUUGUUUAUGUGAAUUGUUGCAUUAUUGAAAACGGAAAAAUCAGACCGUGAUAAGUGGCAACGACUCAAAGAAGCGAAAUUUAUUGUUAUUGUUUUGUCGGCGACUAAAAAAAAAGCAAUCGAAACAAAGUGAAAUAUGCAAAAAGCUGUCGCCGAAGUCGAAAGUGAGUGAGCGAUAAUUCGCUGCAAAUAAUCGACCCCAAACGAGUGAAGUGAUGAAAAAAUCAUUUAAAGCAGCGAUCCAAUUUACAACAAACGAAGGGGGUGAAUCAAAUUGAGCGAGAAGCCGCCACCGAAACACAACACAACUCAAGUCAUCUUCUAUUUGGGAUUAAAUUUUAAAAAGCUACCAAAAUAAGGAAAAACAUCAACCGACAAUAAGACCGAAGAAAGUGAGUGAGUUUCGAACGAAAAAAGUUUGUGUGAAUAACAUCGGCUUAUAACUGAUGUCUUGAGAUACAGGGAAGAAGUCUGAACAAUCGAGAUCGACUGUCGAUUGUCGAUUUGCCGGCGAAAAGCGUGGAAUAAUACGCAGAUUUUUUUUUCGUGAGCUACUGAACGGCAGAAGCGCUUACUAAACCGUGACAGGAUACCUUAUUGGAUUUUUUUCCGAGUUGCUGCUCCUCCCUUUGAUUGGAAAUUUGAAUAACCGAACAGCAUCGAAACGAAGAUGUUGAAACACGUCCAGAUCUCGCCGAUGCGCAGCCGGGCCGAUUCGCUCUCGAUGCGGUCGUCAACCUCCUGCGCCUCGUCCCUGUGCGGAAGUCCGGAACCGCCGCCGAGCGAACAGCUGCGGAGCCACUCCCGGGCCAGCAGCUACAGCAGCCUCAACGAAACCAUUCCGCAGACUACCAUCAAAAUUUACACCGCUUGUCUGCGCCAGGACAUCGAGUACAAAACACUUGGGAUUUCGUACGACGCCACCAGCAAAAGCGUGGUCCAGCAGCUGCUCCGAAGAUGCAAAAUGCGCCACCGGGACCCACGGCUGUUCUACCUGACGAUGGAGGUGACGGUUCGGAGGCCGGGCGUUAAAUCCGUACUGGAACUGGACGACGAGGCGCGGCCGGCGCUGCUUCAAGCCUGCCACCCGAAGGGCGACUCCAGAUUUUGUCUGCAACAAAAACCUGGUGGUCUGAUUCGGGUUCACACAUCGGCGCUGCAGCCCAACUCCCAGUACAAGUCGCUGCUCAUCUCCGAGGACACUACCUCGGACGAGCUCCUGUCGCUGCUGCUGACCUGCUACAACUCGAUGGAACCGGUAGAACAGUUCAGCCUGUACGAAGUUUGCCCCGGCCAGGAGUACCAGCGGAAGUUGCACCCCGACGAUCUGCCCCUGAAAACGCAAAUCCAACGGCAGCAGAAGAACGAGAUUAUGCACUUUCUGGUCCGACGCAAUCCAAACUAUCCCCGGAGGAGACAGAUGCUGGCACCGAUUUCGGAGGCAAAACAUUUCAUCCUGGGCCCCGGGGGAUUGGGACACAACCGGCUGUCCCUGCAUUCCACCACCUUCCCGCUGACGGCCGUCACGACCCCGACCAACACCCUCAUCUCGGACAUCGUAGACGGAGUGUCUUCGCUCAACAAUCUCAAGGAAACGAAAAGUUUAGCCCUGCGAGAAACAUCCCUACCUGUGUGCACUUCCGGUUCCGGUGGAAUUGUCAGCAGUUGUGACUCGGCGGAAGACAUUAACAAUAACAAACGGACAACAAGUUGCCAUGAGUGCAAAUCGACAUCGGAAAGUUGUCCCCACACCGACAGCAGUAAACCUCCCGUCAUCAAGGGCAAAAACUUGGACCGAAGUUCUCAGGCACCGCCUCGACCUUCCAAGGCCGGUCUGCUGCCAUCGCUCCUGAGCAGCCCCAACUCCUCCUACAACCCGGUCUACAACAUCCGUGAGAUCCGGACCGUAUGCCAUUCGUUCUCCUCGCUCGGCAUCGACAAAAAGCUGGUGGACAUCGAACGGAGCCAAGGUGGUUUAGUCGUCAAAGAAGCCGUCAACACUGACCCGAUGAAGGGGGUGGGUAAUUUCAUUUACAUCUAGAUUCCGGUUUGAUACCCGUGGCCAUUGCCGACACUUGGAGGGAUGGACGGACGGGAUCGGGUCAAAGGUCCCAACGACCUCUCGCUGUAUCUUUGAUAAUAAGUUCGAAAGUACAAUUCCCCGGUCGGGUUCGGUGUGUUUCCGGAACACUUUUUUUUUAAUCGGAAUCGAAAUCACAGAGCUAUCGAAUUUAAUUGGAGUAUCGAACUUCAAUCAGUCGUUAAUCGUCACAAAAUUCAGUCUAGAAAGUUCGAAUUUCCACAAUCCACUAACAGCAUUUUCGAAAAUUCUUCUCAGAAACACACCGCGUUAGGUCAAGACUACCCCGCGGGAUCGAAAGUAAACCGAAACUCAGAUCAAAGCAAAUUUCAGUACUCGUGGUUCGUCCUUUACCCCUUUUUGCAAUCCACCAUCCCCACGAAACUCCCACAAAUCCCAAAUGGAAUCGAAACCAAUCCUGGAAUGAUUUUCCUGGUAAAAAAUAUGAACGAAAAUUGACGCCAAGUAUACUGAACUCAGAAAAAAAUCAGCUCCUUUAUUAUUAUAUAUAUUGUUUCAUCCUAGUCAAAGUUAUUAAUAUUAUUAUAUCGAUUUUAUUGGAUGUUUUUCUCUGAACCGCCCACCCCUUAAUUUUUUUUGCUGAAAUAAAUCAAAAGCGAUCACCGAAGAGCGCAACCACAUGAUGUUAGGAAUAAAUAAAAAAGCACCCUCAAACAGGAAAAAAACAUGAGAAAGCAAACAGCAGCAGCAGCGAAUCAAAAAAGUUGUAAUUCAAGCCAAAACAAUCAAAACUCCUCAGAGCAAACAACACAAACUAAGGUUAGAAAAAAAAAAACAAACAAACAACCAACACACAAAGAAGAGAAGCUCAAGUAAAGCACGAAUAUCCUCCCGCGCCAAAUCAAUCAAUUUUAGUGUGAGAAGAAUAUAGGGGUAAAAAAGUAAUAUAUACGUAUAGAGAGGGAAAAAAACAAAAAAGUUGAGACGGUUCGGGAGUUUUGUACAGAAGCAGAAUUAAUCAAAAAACGAAGAAAAUUGUGAAAUGUAAUUUAUAGGAAAAGUCUUAUGAAAUAUUCAGCACCAGAGGGCGCCUCAGAAGAAAGAAGACGCCGUGUGUGUCCGGUGAGGUCAAGUAUAAGAAACAGACACACACACACAGCGAAGCGAAACGAAAGAAAGGAAAAAAAACGAGCGCUACCAUGCCAAAGAACCAAAAAAGUUUUAGCGUGUAAGACGGAGAAGACAACAAAAUCCUUAUACUAAAAAUUGUACAUAUACAAAAGAAAGUUUUAGCUUAAGAAGACGCUACCCUAACUAAGUAAGGCUAUGGAGGAGUAGAAACCAAAAAUGUACACACCUACAACUACCUACAUACACUCAGCUUGCAUCCAAUAGAAAAUUAGCAUUCACAACAAAUUGUAAGGUUCUCGAGAAUUGCGAUUUAACUUAGAGCAAAAUAUAUCCCUAAAUAGUGCAUAUUCCAAAUAAUUCACGCAAAGGUUUAGCUUGUUUUUUUCUUAGUCACAUGAAUACACACCUACACACAAAGAUCGGUUUAAAUCAAGUUUACUCGCAUUUAUCGCAAAGAGAAAUCCACACUUUAUUUAGGCAGUCAGAAGUAAAGCUCAACCCCAUCAAAGGAUGUGAUGGGGUGUGCUUUUAUUUUGAAGCUUGUUCCGUUUGUUGAAAUAAAUUGACACUAAACGAAUUGAUUGAGUGAAAAUCUAAA